AUGGCGGAACAGGCAGAGCUUGCAUUCGUCAAGACAUUCGUGCAGAACCUGUCUGCACAACCAGUCACCUACGCAAAUGACUUCCAGCAGCCACCCGAGAAUUCGUUGAGGAAGGUCCCUGUGCUGCCGAUUGAAGUUCCUUCUCCGCCUGAGCGUAAAUCUCAGGCGGUGGCACCUACAGGCUUCCUUAGCAUCACGUUUAAAUCGACUAAGCCCUCGCAAGCGUAUACUUUGUCUAUCCAGCCUACCGAUACGAUCUCUGACAUCAAAUCUCAACUUGCUACACAACCCGGGGCACCACCUGCAGAUGUGCAGCGACUACUGUUAAAGGGAAAGGCGUUGGCGGAUGCCAAGUUGCUGCAGGAGUAUAAUGUUAAGGAUGGAGACACUGUGAAUCUUAUGGUGAAACCUGGAUUCGACUGGGAUCCAACGCAAGUCUCUGUACCAUCGCCACAGAUGGUCACUGAAAACGACUCAAUCGUUCUACUUCCGGAGCCGACGCAUAAGACACGCUCUGGGCAUGGCCGCAUCCCAUCUGUUGUGCUCUCCCCUUCACCUUCAUUGUUACCAUCGCCUGGCGAGAAGCUCGUGGAUAUUCCUCUUGUGUUGGAUACCUCAAGUAUACCAGCUGCACCUGCAGCCUCAGCCCCGAACACACCGUAUCACACCACGCUCGCACAGCCUGCAUUCUGGGAACAUUUAUAUAGCUUCCUUGCUUCUGAGUUCUCCAAUCGAAACGACGCUGCACGCGCAUGGGAAGACUUCUUCUGCGCCAGUAAAGGGUCAAUGAGCGUAUCUGAGAUUGCUAAGAUUCGUGACCACGUUGGCGUCAUGGGCAUGGCAGGAACUUAA